AAAAUGCAACCUACGUACAUGACCCAAUGAAAUGGGAUGACAUUAACAUGACUUUCCUUAAAACCCUGGAUGAAAAUGUAUCCAUCCGUCAAGAUACAUUUCUGUCCGGGAACAAUGCCGAUUUGCAAGGAUUUCCCGACAAUCACUAUCUUGAUG